UUCAAAACCAUAUCACAACUGUCCAUUGAUAACCAUGUAGAGAAUCAUCUAAAGUUGGCAGUACAUCAUGACGGUGAGUAUAAUUUAACCUUUUUAAUAUUAUUUUGCUUUAAAAAAAUCAUCAGAGUAAUGCAUGUAUAACUUUUCCCCCAGAUUUUGUCAUUGUUAAGUGCAAUUUAAACUGUAGAGAAAAUUCACAUUUCCACUGCUGUUAUUGUCCUGCUACAGUAAUAAGAAAAGUGCAGUUAAUUACUCAUCUUAAAAAAUGUAAACAAAUGUUGGCUAUUCCUGGCCAGCAAGCUCAAUGUACACUUCCGCAUAGUCCAGCAGCCACUGCUCCACCAGCACAGACCUCUCAUGUCAUUACACAGGCGCCUCCCCUGUCAUGCCCCAUGGUUAUCCAAACAUCAUCACCUCCAGUUACAUCAGUCAAAGUAUUUCAGUCUCCACCAACGUCACAGUCUUGGACAAGUCCAUUAUGUCAAUCUUUGCAACCUGGGACAAUGUGCCCUCAUUUUGAAGCUCCAUUUCCUCUUUCUGCAUCCACCCAAGUACUUCCAUCUCCGACUCUUUCCUCUGCCCAUGUUCCACCAGAACAACCAAAGGUAAAACAUCCUCAAGCAAAGAAGAGGAAAAUCAAAUGUGAUCAUUGUGAUAUGGAGUUGAAUAAAAAGAACUUGCGUGUUCACAUUAGAAGAAAGCACACUAUAGUUAAAGAGGCAGUCACAUUGGAACAACAUUUACUUUGCCAGUGCAUUGACAGUAAGCGUGGCAUUUUUGCAGUGGCAAAAUCUUUUAGUGCACCAUCAAUUCCCAUCCAUGUUCAAAAAAGGAUUUGGGGUGUAAAUGACAAAGUUAUGUGUGAGCUAGACCAAUGCAAUACCAAUGCUGAAUUUGCACAAAGGAGUGGCCUGAAGCCAUUUGAGUGCUGCCAUCUCAUGUCCUUAGCUUUCUGUCCCAAAGAUGAUGGCAAUUCUGUUAAUCUUGAAGAGGAAACCCUAACAGAGAUGGUAAAAGAAAAGUGGUUUGGGGAAAGAAGGAAAGCUGCAUGCAUCGAAAGACAAUGCAUGGCAAACAAAGAAGAUGUGCCACUUUCUGUAGUGAUCACAUUUGCUGGGCCCUCAACAAAAAGAUAUAUAUCAGUGUUUGAGCCAACAAUGUCUUAUUACUGCAGACUUGGAAGAGUGACUGUUGUAUAUGACAGUAAAAAGAUCACAUGGGCCUGUCCUUGUAAUACAACAAAACAGUCAUGUAUUCAGAAAGCAAUAGCUAAAUGGCAUUUAUUUCAAUGUCAGAGAGCUCUUUUCCAGAAGGUGAAGACCACCGAAAUGAUUGAUUCCAUGCAGAUACCUCAACAGCAGUCUGAGAGUGUAGAUGACAGUAGUGAUCAUCAGUACCCACCUAAUGAUGAUGGAAUAGAGAGGAUGGUGCGCUAUUUGAUGAAAAAUAAAUCUCUACCUGUAGACCUUCCUCAAAAUUUGACUAGUGGCCUACAACAGUGGUUCUUAACGUUAUUCCUCGAGGCCCACUGCCCUGCACAUUUUGGCAGUGGGCCUCCAGGAAUAACGUUAAGAACCAGUGGUCUACAACAUGGUAGUGAAUUAAGACACCAACUAAUACCUGAAGAAACAUUCUGCUCCGAAUGUGAGGGUAGUCAUGUUCUAAGUGACCCUAUUAUUAUAACCUCACGAGCAAAGAUUCUGACCUUUACUGGGGUAGUUGAAGGAAUUUCAACUUACUACAAAGUAUGUAGCAACUGCAGCAUGAUGUACAGGUACCAGGAAUUUACUGAUGGUAUCCACAACUUCAAUGACCAUCUUUUGCUUUCUCUACACUUGUGUGUAAUUCUACGCAAUGCUCUUCAGAAUCACACUGCUGUUAGCAGAGUAAUGAGCAUACUAGAAGCCACUGCCAAAGUAAAAUUCCCCAAAGACAUAGUGCUCCAUGGUUACCUCCACUUUGAAGCCUUAAGCAGCCAUGUUUAUUCUUACACCUGCAUCAAUUGUGGUUAUCACCCCAAAGUGGUGAUCAUGGAUCUCCACAAGAAAGGUGUAUUCACUAUUCCCUUCAGUGAAAUAGCCACACCACCAUCAGAAUUUAAGGGUGAUACAAACAUUGUCUCUUUUUGGGAAUCCAUAACAAUGGAAAUGAUUGGCCGGGGAUUUCUUUCAAGUGGCAGGAAAAAUCCCUUUGUAGUUUACCCAAGUUAUGAUUUCUGGGCUCCUUGGAUUGGACCUAAUACCCGGAAGUCAGACAUUGUUCUAAAUACUGAGCAUGCAAAACUACAAAAAACAAAGUCCUGUGAUGUUCCAGAUCUUGAUGUCACAGAGGAAAGGCUAGGUGAUGAGCUCUUUAAUGUAAAGGUUGAUGCAGUGAGGAAGCUGUGCAAAGAAUGUGGAUUGGACACAAAGGGAUCAAGGAUGGAUCUUGUGUUACGUUUGCGAACAGAGAUGCAAAACCGCUCAGCAUAUGACAAAAUCUUCCAGCAGAUUUGGGGUGCUUCUGGUGGCUGGGCAGUCAUUAUGUGUCCAUGUGGAAUAGUGUAUUCAAUCAAAUUCAACAUAAGAGCAGAAUCUCCAAGAGACUUUGCAGACUUGCUGCUGAGUUGGAAGCACUUUCCUAAUGUUGUUAUAUACGACUUUGCUAGAGGACUUGCUGCACAUGUUAAUCUUCGUGAAGCAGAUUCCCUACCUUUCAGUCCCCACGAAGGGAGACUUGCUGCACCAACUACAGCAAAUAUCCAGCUAGCAAAAGAAGGCAAGCUCAAGGUUAAUCUUCCAUGGUUGAAAAAUAAGAAGGAGGAUGAGAAUACCAACUGCCAUCCUUUGACUGGAUCAUCAGAGCAUUAUGCUUUGUAUGAUAAGUUCCAUGAAUUUAACACCAAAGACCCAAGAGAUGCUCUUCGACGAGUCCAAGUAGUCCCAGAACUUUGUGGAUGGGUAAAUACUCAAACUGCAGAACAACUCUUUGCUGCAAUGCGCAAAAACAACUAUUUUCUGAACAUGCUCACGCCAUCAGGACACACGUUUUUGAUGCGCAACAUCAUUCACCAUUAUAACACAGCACAGAAUAAGAACAUGGAGGACAGUCUAAGAAAAGUUGUAUCACCAAGUGAUCAGUUAACCUUCAAUGUUUAUGGUCAGAUAGUUCUUGGUACGGCUCCACAGUCCCUUAAUGAUAGUGAGGGACUCUCAUGUGAUAUUCUACAAAAAGGCCCAGUAAAACCCAGCCCUACCCAGGGUUCAGGCCCUACCCAGGGUUCAGGCCCUACCCAGGGUUCAGGCCCUACCCAGGGUUCAGUGAUUGACAUGACAGCUCUACAAAAUAUCCAGCCAAACAGAGCAUGCUGGAUGCAUCCACACACCAGUGACCAAAUAAAGAUGAUAAAUAAUGCUUUAAAUGAAAAGGAAUCUGAAAAACAAUUUUUGGCUCAAGUAGAAACAAUUGUUUUGGACCGAUCAGAUUUUAUGACUUUGGGAAAUCCAAAUAAUGUUGAAGGGACUGCGAUCGUCAGGGAUAUUGCAGACUUAAAGGUGACUUAA